AUGGAAGGAAAAAUAACUCGAGAUGUGCGUAUUGUGUUUAGGCUGUCAAUCGAUAUGGUGACUGGGUGCUUGCCGGGUAAGGCGUACAUAGUGCACUUUAAGCGGGGGGACAAGAUUCACGCUUCGUCCUCCCUUCUCUCAGCGGAUGAGGGAGGGAAACUGCAGGUUGGAAUGACUCGUGUCUUUACGUCAACACUUCAACGCCAGAGUAACAAAAGGUACAAAAAAAAAGAGCUUAAGAUACGUAUUGUGGAGUUUGCCUCACAGGUUCCAACCAGUUUCUCUUACGAUCUGAGUACGAACGUGGUUGAAGAAUCGUUUCCUGAUAGGAGAGUAGUAAUCAAAAGCCAAGGCGGUUCACCACAGUUGUAUUUGCGGUUGGAGGGGACAGAGGAGUCGAUUUACAAUCGGAGUCAGGGUGGCCAGUCGGUUCCCAACACUUCACUUACUUCAUACAUGCUCGAAGCAAGUGUUUCAUUGUCUUCAUCAUCGGUUGUGUCUCAGCGGGAUGUUGGUGACAUCUCUGGCGAUGCCGCAACUAAAUCAUAUACACUGAGUGAUUUUGAAGGCGUUGUUGAAAGCGUAAUUGAAACUUCGGAAAAGGUGAAGAAUGAAGUUGCCCCAUCCGAAGGAGAUAGAUGUGAGGAUGAAGGGCAGCUUUAUGCUGUUUCAGAAAGGGCGCUUUCACCGCCAGACAUUCACCCUCAACCAGUCAUGUCACCACAAUCGUCAGGAUCAGCGCCGCCGCAACAAGGACAGGGUUGUGCAACGUUAACUAGGAGUAAUGAGUUCCUGGAGGGUCCAUGCCAGGAAAAAUCAAGCCCAAAUGUCUUGAAAGGCAGUAAAUAUGUGAAGCUCCCUCCCAAGGCCCCAUCCAAGAGGAUUGUUGUUUCUUGUGGUAGGUCUGUCCAGGAUGUUGUGAAGCGGAUUCACGAUUUCGUCAGAGAGGCGGCAACAAAUGGUGAGGGUUCUGAAAAACAGGUACAGAUUCCAAAAGGGGCAGAAGUGGCUUUAGAGUUUUAUAGAACUUGUGAAGGCAAAACACUGGAGGACUUUGUUGUUCAUUUUGUGGCCUAUAUUGCGGUUGAGGUGUGCCAGGAGACACGCCACUUGGGGAAUUGGCUCAGUCUUUUGACGUAUGUUCUUUAUCGAUCAAUUUUGGAAUCACACAGCGACGCUGAGUCUUCCUGUACGAAGAACAUGACCAUUCAAGUUGCUGAAAUUUACCCCCUCAACAUUGAGGCGUACGCAGUGCGGGGGAAGGAACUCAUACGGAGCAUUGCGGAUGAUACAGGCUAUUCUUUUGCUGUGGAGACUUUUUGGCUCACUGGUUUAGAUUACUGCACACGAAGGAUUGCUUCGAUUUCUACACGUCGAGUUUCGGAAAUGUGCGACAGUUUUCCCGAGAUUCUUCCAUUUUCAAAUACGGUUUUCACUUCUUUUGAGGAGCGGAUCAUUGCUGGAACGACGAUGUUGUGCUCGGAACUCAAUUCAGUUUUAUCGACCCUAAUUCCUAACAUUCUGGGAUAUGGGCAGCCUGACAUUCGAAAUGCUCCUCCUCUGUACAGGGUAGUCCUGGUGGCACUUUUAACCAAGACUUUUUUCGGCGUGGUGACGGCCAUAACGAGGGUAGUGCACCAACACAAGGGUCAUGACGAGGAAAAAGGUUCAUACAUCGCUCUUAGAGUUCUGGGACUUCUGAAAUCUUGGGCGAGAGAUAACCAUGUGCUCUCCGUCACGUCCAAAUCGUUACUUCUCCUUGUUGUGUACUGUGACUUGAUUUUACUACCCCAUCAACUGGUGCAGAACAAGAACUACCGAUCCUUCAUGGCGGAAGUCUUUCCUUCAGAGUUGGCUAACAAGAUUAAGAAUAGUAACAAUUUCUUCCGGAAUCUUCUAGAACUCUGGUUUACUCAUGGAAAGGACGACGCUGUAUUCUCUGUUUUGUCUGUUCUGAGAGAAUUUACGGUUGGGGGAUGCAGUGACAUGAUUGAAGUCAAAAAGGGCGUCCAGAGUCUAAUUGAGGUGUUGAAUGGUGAUGAGAUCGAGGCCAAAUGUAUUCUGGAAUCGGAAGAGGUAUUCCGUGGAACUGGUUUUGAUGGAUUGAAAAGCACGUUUUAUGAUCAUAACCUCAUUUUGACUCUUCUUGCAAAAGAGGUAUGA